AUGCCGUGAGUAAAUGUUACCUGCUCCACUGCUGAAAAUUUGAAACGUAGCUUCUGGAGUAUAAAACCAGGAGGGAAUGGGCGUUAGAGCAUUGUCAGCGCUACAGCUACAUUCUCUUUUUUGACUUUCGCUCCUUUUACUGAGAGACCUUGCCCGUCUUUUCGUUCUAUCCUCCUGCAUCUACCUGCACGAUGUUCACUCCUAUGACUUUUUUCACUCUUUUGACUGCCCUUUCUGGCGUCACUGCUUUGCCUUUCAGCGAGCUUGUCCGGACCCUUCCUAGAGAUAUCACACACAUCGCCGUUGACGAGACAAGAGGUCACUACCUUGCCUACAAGCGCGAUGGUUCUCUCUACGGAAGGUAUCCGGCCGAUGCCGAGUCCAGCAACGUCGAGCGCCGCGCUGCCAGCCAAUGCGCGAAACUUUCCGUUGAUGAAGCCCAAACCCUUUCUGGAUGGGACGCUAUUGUUCAAUACGCCAACGAUAACUGGGGUGCUGGCUCUCGCAAAAUUGUUACAAACCCCGACGAUUAUGUUGACCGCCCUGCACAAGUCUGUAUUACAGACGAUGUUGUUCAGCUCAGCUUCUCCGGCGACCCAGUCUGCCAGACACACACGACUUCUUCUGAGGGUAGCCUCGUCGGCACCGAAGGAGAAGUCGACAUCGAAGUUGACCAAGGCUUCAAUACCGAUACUUCAUACACCAUCAGCACUGCUUCAACUAUUGGUGUUUCUGAUACGCUGACCGUCAAAGUCGGCGUUCCAGAGGUAGCCGAGGUCACUGAGGCCCUGACCAUCUCUACUGAGGUUACGGAUACCACAUCUAGCACCUUUGAUGUGUCCUACAAUGACGUGAGCAAAGUCAUGAUAAAAAUGACUGCACCCAAAGGCAAGACCUGCAAAGCCGAGACCAGCACCAAGACCUGUAACAUCCAGGCCACUGGCAACAUUCGCUAUCUCGCGACCGGCUGGGUUUGGUUCAAUUACGACGACAAGACGAAGGAUCACUACAAGUGGGCAGUCAACAUCGAAUCCGUCCUCACGAACCAGGAUGACCGUUCUAGUUUUGCUACCUUCAAGGGUUCUAUGGUUGCGAAUACGCAGACCAGCUAUGCUGGAAACUGCGAGUAGAUGCAGCGUCACGACCGCUUCCACAGAUCGGAUGUUUCGAUUCUUAUAUGGUUGUCCAUUGUCCGAUGGUAGAUGUUAUCUAUCCUUCCAUGUAUAUCAUUAUACAUUGAAAGCAUAUUCACUGCUUCCGGAAAUUCACCUAUGCAUUUGUAUCACUUCCAAACUUCACCUGACCAGUCACCAGAUAUUCACCGCUUCUUUGCUGGCUCUCUGGUCAUGCG